UUUAAAAAAAAAUAAUAAUAAAUAAAAGAAAUUUAAGCUUAAACCGGUUGCGGUAUAAAAGUUAAUUCCGAAUUUUAAAAACUAACGUGUCUGAUUACAAACAAAAAAAAAAAGAGUCAUAUUUUAGCAUCCUGGUCUGUUGGAGGUUUUGUUAAACUGUGGAUUAUAUAAAACAGUUCAAAACCAGGACACUAAAAAUAACUAAUAACUAACUAUAGAUGUUUUAUUUGCAUCAAUAUCAGCCACAAAGAGGAUUACUUUUAAAGCUUUAAAACUACCACAGAAAAAGGAAUAAUAUUAACUCCCAUCAAAACCACAACAGAAUAAAGUAAAAACUUUUCCAAAUCGAAAAAAUCGGGCGCGUCUCAUAACGAUCGAUCUCUUAAAAAAGUGUUGAAAUUACGGUCGGUAUGCAGAACAAACAAGUAAUAUUUUUAAAAAUGUCGCCUUACAAAUGCUCGAAGUAAUAAAACAGUUAUAAAUUUUAAAAAAAUCAAGUGUUUUAAAUAAAAAGUAAAUAACCGCGGGUAUUUUCGAAGAAAAAAUUCAUUAUAUAAAAGUGAAAAAAAUCUAUUAAAUUUUGCAAAAAAAAAAAAUCUUUAUAAAAGAAAAUAAAAUUUCAAAAAAUUCCCCUCGAAAAUAUAAUGAACCAAUGAAAAUAUUUGCAAAAAAAUAUAAAAAUAUAAUUAUAAAAUGUCUAUGAGAAAACAAAAGAUCGCUAAAUAUUGACGAUUUUUUUUUUGUUUUUUCACAACGUAAUAUUUUUGAAUGGGUUUGGAGUGCGCCCAUUUGAAAAAAAUCCAAAAAAAUUCGCCUCCAUGAAGUUUCAUAAACAAAAAUGGUACGAGAGACCAACAACGUUUGUUUUGGACAAAUAGCCCAAGAAACACAAGUUGUUGUACGUGAGGAUAAUAAAAGAGAUCAUUUAAAACGGUACGUUUUUAAUCUAAACACAGGAUGUGUUUAUAACCUAAAAAAAAGAAGGUCUACAGAAGACGUAUCACCACCGAACUUUUCAGAACGGAACAGUGGCUACUAUGAACGCAAUUCUCGUUUAGUUUCUGAAACUGAUUCCUAUCUAAGGCGUUCAAAUAACAAUAGUUAUCAAAGUAGUAGCAGUAGCAAUACAAAUAAUAAUAGCAACAGUAGUAGCAGUAGUAGUAAUAAUAAUAGUUCUACAAAUAAUCCAGAUAAUAGAAGUCGAACAAGAGAUAAAUUAUAUAGAAAUGGUCCUAACGCUGCGGGAGUGUCAACAACAAUUACAUCUGGUUCUUCAGCAGCAACAUUGUUAAGUGAAAGAACCUCAACUGGCGCUAGCAGCAACAAAAUCAAUAAUAGCCGUGUACCGCCUACGUCAUGGUACGAAGCUGCUGCGACGUAUACAAACGGUCCUGGUGGCAGUGGCAAUGCCGACGUCUCAGCAGCAAAAAUCAAUCACUAUCAAACUGCCGCCUCAACAGAAUUACAAACAGCAGCAGCAACAACAAAUUCCACCACAACCUCAUCCUACACCGCAUAUUCCUACGCUUCAUCACCUGCCCACAACAACAACAACAAUCAGAACCACAAUACAGCAUCCGGGACGACGACGACGUCGUCAUCAUCACGCAAUUCAACGUUUUACGGCAAAGAUACAGACAAAGAUUCCGAAGCGAAUUUGUCCACAACGCCGCCGUUGUUAAAUAAAAAUAAACAGAAACUUUUAAAAUCUUCAUCGUUACGUAGUGGUUCAUCAUCACCGACAGCAUCAUCCACAACAACGACGUUUAUAGGUGGAGUAUCAGGCGCUGGGUUGGCUACAAUGACUUCGUCCUCGUCAACUGCAGCCUCUGCGUCGUCAUCAGCGUCGUCCUCGUCACUAUCAUCGACCUCUAACAAUAAUAUUAAUAUUAAUAGCAGAAGUAACCAAACGGCAAAUAAUAGUUGUAGUAGCGUUAGUAGUACAAUCAAUAGUAGUAAUACAAAUACAAAUAAUAAUAAUAAUAGUUUAAGCGGCAACAGUAGUAGUGUAACCAAUACAGAUAACACACAUAGUGGCAGUGGAAGUGGCAACGUAAGCGGGAUUUUAAAUGCCGCCGCGUUGGCAGCUGCUGCUUCAAAAGGUGGUUCUUCGUCAAAUGAGGGCCAUAAAAAUCAUAGUAGUAGUGGUGGUAUUGCAAAUUCCUCGUCUAAUGCAUCUGCCUCUGGUAACACAUCUUCCAAUAAUCCAUCAACAUCCGCCUCGCAUCAUACAUCGCGUUCGGCGGCGCAUGCGCAUUUUCAUGGACGCAGCACUACUUCAUCAAGCCGUUCGCAUUCCCGUUCUCCGAGUAGCUAUAGUUCGUCUCACAGCUCUUCGUCAUCUUCCUCUUCAACCGCCUCGUCACAUUCACACGCCUCCAGUCCGGUGGGCGGCCGAGAUGUGGAAACCUCAUCUAUAACCCACGUAUCGAGCAGCCGAUCUGGAUCGCGUAGUUUACAAUCGGCUGUUGCAGUGCCGGGUACAUCGUCGACCGGCCUAAAUCAUCCCAGUGGCUCAAAUGUUUGUGGCAGUAGUAGUAGCAGUACAAGUUCAACUAGCUCUGGUACACCUACUGGCAACCCUGUUGUACAUUCCGAAGAUAAUCGUCCCCUGGCGAUACGUGUCCGCAAUUUACCCGCCCGUUCCUCGGACACAUCUCUUAAGGAUGGCCUUUUUCACGAGUACAAGAAGCAUGGAAAAGUGACGUGGGUCAAGGUGGUGGGCCAAAACGCGGAACGUUACGCUUUGGUGUGUUUCAAAAAACCCGAAGAUGUGGAAAAAGCUUUAGAGGUAUCUCAUGAUAAAUUAUUUUUUGGCUGUAAAAUCGAGGUAGAACCAUACCAGGGCUACGAUGUCGAAGACAACGAGUUUCGCCCCUACGAAGCCGAACUGGACGAAUACCAUCCAAAAUCAACGCGUACCUUGUUCAUUGGUAAUUUGGAGAAGGAGAUCACGUCCAAUGAGUUGAGACAACAUUUCGAAUGCUUUGGCGAAAUCAUUGAAAUCGACAUUAAAAAGCAGGGCAUGUCUGCUUAUGCAUUCUGUCAGUAUUCCGAUAUUGUAUCUGUGGUGAAGGCCAUGCGCAAAAUGGAUGGAGAACAUUUGGGUAACAACCGCAUCAAAUUGGGUUUCGGCAAAUCAAUGCCUACCAAUUGCGUUUGGAUUGAUGGUAUUGGAGAAAAGAUCUCUGAGUCGCAUUUGCAAUCUCAAUUUUCGAGAUAUGGCGCGGUCAGCAAAGUUGUGGUGGAUCGCCAAAGGCAAUUGGCAUUGGUGUUGUAUGAACAGAUACAAUACGCACAGACGGCAGUGAAAGAGAUGCGAGGAGCCACCUUAAGAGGUCGUAAACUUCAAGUGGACUUUGCGUCAAGGGAAUGUCAAGAUGCGUUUUAUGAGAAGCUUGAAAAACAAAGUGCUGGAUCGCGUUUUAAUCGCUAUGAAUCGCAGUCACGAUCCCGUGCUUCGUCAUUUAGUCGUCACCAGAAUUCAAAUGAUGGCUGUUCACCUGGUAACACUCCGGGUAGCAGCAGUAGUAGCAGUGCCGGUGUACCACCGUCAGCACCAGCUCUAUCUUCUGCCAUAGUAACGGGAUCAUCUGCUCUCUCUAAUGCCGCCAGUGGCAAUACUCUAGCCUCAGUAGUGGGACAGGCAUCCGGCAAUACAACGCCCGCACGUAGUCGUGGUUCUCGAAGUUCUAGACACACAAUGGAUUACGAGUAUCUAGAUACACGUAGAUUUCGUUCCUGUGAUGAAUAUAGUCAGGGUUCUGCAACAUCGCACGAUGAAGACAACUCGGCUGUUAAUCAUCCGUCAUCCAAUACGAACUCGUACAGUGGUAUUGGUCUACGGUCCGAUUCACCUCUACUUUCACGACUGGGUCCUAUUGUUAAUACUAGUGGCAAAGAAUCCAGUAGUGAAAUGUUGGAGUUGGCUUUAAGCCGUCGUCGUUGUGAUAAAAGUCCCAAAGGUGAUAUACGUUUAUUUCAAAAAGAACGUGCUGUUCUGCUGGAACAACUUGAAGAAUGCCCGUCCAGUGGUGAUGAGAGUAUAGUGAGUCCCCGUAAACGCAUUAAAAUUGAUCAUCAUUCCAUUAACUCCUCAAGUGGAUUGGUACAAUCUCACUCGAUGGAUGAACAACAACCACAACAUAAAAACUCAAACUGUGAUUACUUAUUAAAUGAUCCAAUGCACCGUAAAAGUGAGGUUAGACGGCUGUCUGAAUGCAAUAACAGUCUCAACAAGUACCCAACACCUCAGCAAAAUCACCAUCACUCUCAUCAUGCGGUACCACCACCGCCACCUCAUCAUCACCAUCAUCAACAACAGCUAAGUCGUCGACCGUCCAUUGAUUUUAUGGCGACAAGUGGCGGUGGUGGUGUGGCAGGUGGCGUAAGCAGCUUGUCAACACGUCAUAACAGUACUAGUAGUUCAAACAGUGAUCAUCACCCGCCACCUCAUCAGUCUUCUUCGUCAUCAUCUUCUUUGGCAUGUAAACGGCGACGUGUUAUUGGUAGCAGCAGUAAUGCAAUUGUUACGUCAAGUUCUAUGUUGUCGGGUUCUACUGGCGGCAAUUCAAACUUGUCCUCGUUUGGUAAUGAUGAUUGCCAUCAUCAUACAUCGAGAGGUCGUGGUCACCAAUUACAUUCCCAUCAUUCGCAUGAGGCUAGUGGGGGCGAAAGUGCGGAUGGUUCACGACCGGGUACUCCCUUAUGCGAUGAGCGUCCCGAAGUUUUGCCUAGUGAACCCAGACGUGUUCCGCGCGAAAGACCACGAGAACCAAUGGUAUUGCCUUUGCCAAAGUUCGGUAUACAAUUCUUUCAUCAGUACCGAAACAGCAUUGCGGCAGGAAAUACACCGAUCUACCAUCAUAUUGGCAGCAGUUUUACAAGUUCUUCUGCUGCUGGUGGAAUGGGUGGAAGCAACAACUCGGGAAGCUCACAUUCGCUGUCAAACAGCAUUCUCAAUCGAGGGGAAGGGGGUAUUAGUAAUAGUAGUCAUUCUAGUCUUAGUCAUAGUUCUGCAACGAUAACUCCAGCAUCGACGGCACCCACAGGAACGUCAUCUGGGGGUUGUUACCUACCAAGUCCAUCGACUCGUUAUACUCCUCAUUGGCGACCACAUCAUCAUCAGCACCACCACCAUAAUCAACAACACGGUGGCGCUCAUCAUGGUCCUUCGGGAGGAGCGACUCCAUCGUCAUCAUCAUCCAUGGUUAGCCCUAUGAGAUCACGUUCUCUAAGUUCGAAUUCCAGCGAUUCUGAUGUUCCUGGACAAUCAUCAACCGGUAGUCCCUCGUUAGAAGAACGCAUACGUACGUUGGAUGAAAUGUACGAACGUUGGUCAGGGGGAGGUACGAGCAGCAGCAACAUAGCAGUCGGAUCUAAUGUAGUUAAGCGUCACGAUUUUAACCACACACCGCCAACAUGGCAACAUCAUCGUUCCAAUUCGCAAUCAGAUUCGCAUCAUAGCAGUAACAGUGAUGUAAGGUCCAACGCCACACCCUCAACACCUGCCAGUCGCCCCAAAUUUCUUGACAUCGAUGUCAAUGAGAUGCAACCUUCGGACAUUGUCAAAUCGGUUUUGGCGAAAAAAUCGAUAUUCGAUGAUGAUUUACAAAGGUUAAAGAAAAACCAUUGGUAUGAACCAAGUUCGGAUUCCUCACAACUAACUAAGGCUAUUAUGGGAGUUUGCACCUCACCGGGUUUACCAAAUCUACAGGCUACAAAAACACCUGUGGUAGGAUGUACUACAAGUUUAACAGGAUCAGGAGCUGUGAGCUCGUUAAAUAAACCAUCCGGUGCUCUGUUGCAACGUUUAAGCAGUUUAUCGCCUAUGAACUCACCACAAGCCUCAAUGUCACCCUACAAUAGUCCUUCACCAUCGCCUUCUGUAACCCUUAGCAGUGUAACAUUGGUCUCGAAUACCACUAUGACAAAGGUGACAGGAAUAAGUAGCUGCGGUGGUAACCCCGGCUCGCAAACUCCUAGCGCUACAGCAGCCCUUUCAACAUCACCAGCUGCAAGUGGAGGGACAAAAUGCCUGCAAUAUCCCUUCCCCACGCAUCCACCAUUACCAAAUACAGCUGCUCCAGUGCAAAGUGCGCAACCAAUACCUCCACCUCCGGCCGAAAGUUCGAAGCCUUGUAUAGCUCAACCGCCUUUACCUCCAAUGGAGGUAUUACAACCACCUCAACCGCCAGCAACGUCGCCCACAUCUUCCGCGAUGACAUCUGGAUCAUCCACAAAGCCAAAGACCUCAGCUCUUUCUAAAAGUUUAAGUGUACCGCCACCGCCACCAUCGACGGCAACGACGGAAUCACGAAUUUUCACCAAAUCAGUAUCAGUUCCUGGCAGUACAAACUUGGGGACAGUAAAAUCCACUGCUGAUGCUUCGGCGGUGAGUCUCACAGCUGCUCCUCAUUUAGAACAAAACCAACCUCAACAAACAACAACCGGUAGUAGUUCCUUACACCCCUCAAAGUCUCACAACAAAGAAGACAAAGAAGAUACAAUUGUAAAACCUCCUAGCCACACUUCGUCCUCUUCCACCUCCACCUCCGAUAACGUGGUUAAACGAGGUGAGAAAUCGCACAAACACAAUCAUCGCAGCAGUGAAGAUAAGAAAUCAUCGAAAAAUGAUAGAAGAAAAAACUCGAACUCUUCACAAUCACACUUAUCGCAAGCAUCUGCAGCCGAGUCGAGUGAUGCCGAUGAACAUGACAGCAAAAAAGAACGCAAGGAGCGACAGGAGCGGCGCGAAAAAGAGCUCCGGAAGCAACAAGAACGCGAGGAACGUGAACGUGAAGAAAGAGAACGAGAAGAACGUGAACGAGAAGAAAAAGAAAGGCUGGAAAGAGAACGGCUGGAGGCUGAACGACUCGAGAAAGAACGACUAGAAAAAGAAAGAGUAGAAAGGGAGCGUUUAGAAAAGGAAGAACGUGAGCGCGUUCAACGAGAAAAAGAACGCUUGCGAAAAGAAGAAGAGCAAAGGGCAAAAGAAGAACGUGAACGUAAAGAAAGAGAGGAAAAGGAGCGUAAACUCAAUGAGCAGAGAGAACGUGAAGAAAAUGAAAGAAGAGAACGCGAAGAAGCCGAACGUCGCGAGCGCGAAGAACGUGAAGAACAAUUGCGUAAAGAACGAAAAGAGAGAGAAGAACUUGAACAAAAAGAGAAAGAGAAACUUGAAAGGCAACGUAUGCGCGAAGAAAAAGAUCGUGAACGUAAAACGCAGGAAGAAGCCAAUACUGAACAUAAACGUGAUAUUAAUCUUCUAAAAGAACAUCAACGACGCAAAGAAAAUGCAGCCAGUCAAAACCAAGCGAAAACUGGUAAUGACAUGGGUAAUGCCACAAGUCAAAGCGCUCAUGAAUUCUUUCGCCAAGGUGAAACAGAACGCCAAAACAAUAAGGAGAACUCCACAGAAGAAUCUCCAUCUUUGGAUACAGCUUCUGCAAGUAGUAAACACAAAAAUCGUAAAACUUCACGUAAUACGUCGCCAGUGAGACAUCCAAAACGCAGACUUAGUUCCCAGGACAGUAAUGCCAGUAAUAGUGCUGCUUCGGCGGCAUAUGCUCACACAGACGAUCAUGCCAAACGUAUGCGUAUAGAUUUACAAACGAAUGCAAACCAGCCUCAAACACCGGUCAAUAAUCACAACGCUGUAAAUAAUACCAUUAAUGAGAGACGCGAUUCUAAAGAACACCAUGCUAAGGAACGUAGCAAUAAACAUAAUCGCGUGGCAUCAUCGGGACACAAGCCGGGCAAUAUUGUAAAUCAAACCAAUGAAAAAGAACACAAUACAAAACAUCAUCGUAGUAAGCAUCACCAUAAAGCCCAAGCAACAAGUCAAGGAACUAGUGAAUCAAGCGAUGUUAAUCUGUCUAAACCAGAAACGGAACAAGUAUCAUCCAACUGCAUGACUAAAACAGAAGAUGAGCAACAAAAUACUGACCAUGACAUGGAUCUCAAGCCUAAGAUUCCUCCUUUACUUUCCUCGGACGAGGAAGAAGUCUCUGAAACUCCUAGUACGGCAACUCAACAUCAUAAUAAAAACGUUUCAGGUAAUCAUAAACAUAGAGAUCAUGGCAGCGGUCAUCACAGUCGACAUAAGAGUAACAAACGUGAACGUGAGCAUCACCGCGAGAAAAAGAGACAUUCCUCAUCGGCAGGAACUCCAAAUUCAGCAAAUGCAAAUGAAUUAGUGCCUUCUACGCCUCCUUCCGCAAAUUGCAAUGUUACCGAUGAGGAAACAAUGCCACCAGCUGGAAACCAAUUGGCUCACAGACGAACAUCUGGGCAUGGUACAGGCUUCGAUAUUAAUGCAAAAAGCAAACAUGAUGUGUCUGAUAGGAAAAUGUCUCGAUGUUCGGAAGAUGGUAGUGGCGUACAACCACAGACCCCCUCACACCGUCAAAACAACUUAAAUAAAAGUACACCUCAAUCUUCGUCGAGGAGAGUGCUGCUUAGCUCAGCCGAAGACACUGACGGUGGUGGUGGUGGUGUUGCUGGCAUGGGUGCCGAUGAUGACGACGAUUCCGAUAAUCGACAACAUUCAAUAUUUGAUAUACCCGAUGACGGGCCCUAUGUCUCCAUGUAUGACAAAGUAAAGGCAAGAUCAUGUAAAAACAUGCAAAAGCAAGAGGAGGAAAAGAAAAUAAAAGCUAAAUUUUCCCAACUUAAACAAUCGCGAGCCAAACGUGAGGAAAAGAAAAGAUCCACAAGCUAUGAUGGUGACUCUGACUCAGAUUUCGAUGGGGCAAGCAGUGAACAUCAGAAACAACACAAUCGCAGUGGAGGCUCUUAUAAAAUGCUUACCGGUGGUUUAUCGUCAACUGAUGAUGAACAAGAUAUGGAAGCUGGUGGUAAAACUCCAAGCCGAGACAGAAGACGUAGCUCGCAAGCAUCUUCUUCAGCAAAUUCCAUACAUCCAAAUCGUGUGUGCUCGGAUUCCGAUGAAAAUUCCGUUACCCAGAGACGCCUUAAAUUGCAAGACAAUCUCAGACGUUUAUGUGACGAUGGAGAUGAUACUUCUGAAGAUGAUUUAAUAAGACGCCAUAACAGUGGUCUGGCUAACAAACGUUUAUUACAUCAUACAUCUCGCAUAGCUUCAGAUUCUGAAUCUCAAUCCCAAUCGGCAGUGGAUAUUAAACUAAAACAAGAGCCUUUAGAAACUUCCAACGAUGGUACUACUACCCCUGUGCUGAAGCAUUUGAAACAAAGAAUUAAGAAAGAAGUUGAUUGCAUGGAAGUAUCUGGUGAAACUGCUGAUUUUAAUGAGUUUAAGUUCAAGAGUCUAAGCUCGAUGUGCUCAUCUGCUGACGAGCAAUCUAAUAUCAAGUCUGAAACUACUGGUGAACUUUUAUCUGCUAAUGAAAUUAAGAAAGAAUCUAAAGAUUACUAUGCCGAUGAAUAUCUGCAAUCAGAACAGAAAUUCCACAAGUCUCCGAUGGCGUCAGCUUCCCAACAUUGUUCUCCGGAACAGGCAAAAAUAAAGAAGCACAAAAAGAGCAAGAAACGUCAGAAAACUCCUACCCAGGAUUCGGUGGCUAAGGAACACAUUUUGACAGAUAAUUUGGUCAAACAUACACCUCAAGCUACUAAUGCGGCCUUUUUGACUAUUACCAAUGAUACGAAGAAUAGCAAACUUUUAACAUCGCCCUGCUAUGAUGCAUUCGACGAACUGAAACGUGGAGACACAUUGGUAACCCAUACUUCUCCAGAACUGCAAAUAACAGCAGAAAAGAAACGCCAUAAGGAACGCAAGGAGAAGAAACGUGAAAAGCUAAGACACAUGAGUGCUGAUGUGGGUUCUGUGGCGGAAUUGGAUAAAAUGGUUUACGAAAAAGAGAAACAUCGUUUAAAGAAAUCGAAAAAAUCCAAGAGUUUAGAUGUAAUGCGUCAAACUUCGACUACCACACCAAGUGCGGGCUCUACGGUUAAUGUUCAAGAACAGCUAAUGUCAACGGUACCAGCAGCAUGCACACCUCAGCAUAAGCAGCGUAGUGGUGGUGAAAAAAUGGAAGAUAUAUUUGGUCCAAUUUCGGACGAGGACGACGAAGAUCUAUCAGAUAGCGAUAUUGGAGGUAGAGAUUUGAAUUGCAUUACCAAUCGCAAUAACUCGUCAUCAAACAUGCCAGGACCAAUCGUAUCUGCAGCUCUAAAUCCUUAUAAGCAAGAACCACUGACGCCGAAAUCUCAUACAGUAGAAGAGAAUGAGGAAAAUAAGCAAAAGCUUACAUGUAACACGCUAAUUGGAGCUUCGGCACAUUUAGAACGGGUUGCGGAAAGGCAACAUCGCAAGGAAAAGCGAGAAAAGAAACGCAAAGAACGUGAAAAGUCACGCAGCUCUGAACAAAAUCAAUCUAUCGGCUUUAUGCCGUCCCCAGCAGUGUCAACAGCUAAACCAAUGGAAGACGAAAACAGUGUGGAUUUAGAUGCAGCCGGCCGAGCUUUGGAAGCUCAGCUUAUGGAAGACUCGGAUAAUAAAACUGUUGAAGAUGCAACACCGUCUACAGCCAACACAUACCGCAGUGAUAUGACGGAUGUUUUCCUCUUCUCGGACUGCGAUGAGAAUUCACUAGAAAUGUCUUCCACGAAUAAACAUGAGAAAAAGGAAAUUGAAAAGGAGCACACCACUAGCGUUGGAUGUAAAAAUAAAGAGAAAAAGAAAAAGAAGAAGCGGUCCAAAGAGGAGAAGCAAUUGCAUCAUCAGAGACGUGAAUCUUCUUCAUCGAAUGCCUCACAGUUGGCGUCAACAAUGGUGGCUCCUUCUACAUCCACUACCACAAAGCUAACAAUCGAUGUACAAGCUGCGACAAAGCAUGCUCAAAAGUCAACAGAAGAACCUUUACCAAGCUCGUCUUCACCUCUGUGCAAACCGUCACCUUCAUUGCCAUGUCUCAUAGGAGACGACGAUGAUGACUUAAAUGCAUUACAGGGAACUAAAUCAACACCAAAUACAUCCUUAACAAAUGUUACCAGUUCAAUGUGCACAACACCUAAUCGUUCUUCCUCCAAAGAUAUGCUCACAUUGUCGCCACACAUGAAAGAUAAACAAAUGAUAAGUCCUAUACCAAAGACACCCACGAUAAAUAGCACUAGUUGUCUUAAUACAUCAGAGAAUUUGAAUAAGGUUGAAGUAACGACACCAAGCACUCCCACUUCAUCAAUGGUGGGCACGGCUGAUAAUGCUAACACAAAUUUGAAUACAACUCCAACGUCUUCCACUGCUGCAGCGGCCAAAAUCCUCAAUAAAUCUAAUGAUUCAUCUGCAAGUUCGAAUAUAAUGGAUUCGCCCACUUCAUCUUUGCAUACCACGCAACAAAAGAAAAAACCAGAAAUAUUUAUACCUGGAUUUGAUGGCGAAAUUGAUGAACGCAUUAGUGAAUCAGCUGUACAGUCAAUAUCCGCUGAAUUCAAUCCUCCUCUAGAUCCCAUGGCCGAUGAACCGAAAAUACCCGUAGAAUCGCCACCUGAUGCUUCGAAAUUAGAAAAACUUGAGGAAUCGAAGUCAAGGGUAACAAUAUCGCAAGAGGAAACUGAAAGUGCUGUUUCGGCCUUGCUGGGAGAAAGCUUUGGCAAUUCCUCAGCCGAUUAUUCAUUCAAUGAUGACGAUGAUGGUAUGGAUGAUUUAAAUAAUGCCAUCACAGAUCCUGAACCAGUUAUGGCACCAGGUGAGCCCGACGAAGAGGCCGCCUUGGCAGCAAAAGCUAUUGAAUGCGAAGUGGCCAGUUCGGCCAUUACAGAUACGGUCGAAGAGGACACUGAAGAGGUAUGCAAAGCUAUACAAAGUUUAAGACAAGAAGAGCUUGACAUCAAAGCCGAUACACCACAGUCAGUGAGAGAUUUACAAAUCGACACCGAUACCGAGGAGAAUGUGGACGAAGCCGAUAGCAGUGGUAGUCAUAGUUUAAAAAUAGAUGAAACUGCACAGUCCAACAAUAGUUCAACUGCUUCGGACAAAGCCAACACAACAGCAAAUCAGACUGUGGAUGAGCCAGCGCAACCAUCCACCACAGAAACUGAGGUAAAAACUGAACCUAAGCCGUCAGUUAUAACAAAAGUAGAGUCUCCGAUUAAGACACAACCCAACAAUCGCUCUACUAAUGAACCAAAAAUAGAACCUCCAACCAUAAGUAAACAAGAUCAGCCUGCAGUACAACCAGUACAGGCUGUAAUGUCGCCAGCAACAUUGGAAGUAUCUGUACCAUCGACCGUAUCAACAUCUACAGUCGUCUCGAGCUCUAGUAUGUCGACAUCAAUGAAUACAACUACCUUAGCAGGUGGUGUCAGUAUGUCUUACACUUCUACGCCGAUUAAGACUUCCAUAACGUUUGCACCCACUUCUACUAGUUCAUCAACACCGAAACAAACACAUUUGCUAACAGGAAAAUCAAUUACUUCAUCCACUUCUCCUGCUGGUUAUGUCAUGCAACCACCUACCAUAACAAUACCAGAACCUUCGACACACUUUGUUGUACCACAAUUAGUGCUGUCACCUAGAGGAGUUGUUACUACUGCUCAUCACAACGACUCAUCCUCGUCCUCCUCAGCUUCAGUGCAUUCACCAAGUGGACAUCACAUGCCACCGCAAUCGCCGGUGGGUGCUACUUAUCUAAUGGGUGUAAGAGCACAAUCACCUCAUAGCCCUAGACAGCAUACGUCUCGAGGUAAUACACCAACACCCAGACAGCCUAGUCCUCACACCCCAACACCCACACCACCACCGAUUGCAGUAACACCUCAACAUCAGCAACAGCAAAACUUACUAAUACAGAGAACGGUGCAGCAGCAUCAACAAAACUUAAUGUCACCACCCUCUCAGGGGCAUGUUUCACAAAAUAACAGCCCAUUGGCAAGUCCCACAUUGCAGCAACGUCAAAUUGCUCAAGGCGUAGCAAUGCAUAAGGUAACACCCCAGCAACAACAGCCAUCCCCGAAUGCUCCUGACCAACAUAUGAUUAAAAUAAAUAACUAUUCAACGCCACCAUCACAAACACUGAAUAUGGUGAAUAUACGCAUACCGCCGGCGUCACCACAACAACAUGGUCAACAGCCAUCUCCACAGCAGAUGAGUCAUGGUAAAACUGUUAAUGAUCAACAGCAGCAACAACAUGUACCAAUGGGUCAACAUAUACUACCUAUCUCGGUGCAAAAAAUGCCUCCUGUACCGACACACCCCACAAUAAUCAGUAAAGUUGUGACUGUAACACCACAACAGGCUCAGCAAUCAAUGAUGCAACCUGGUCCAGGUGGUAAUAUGUAUUCGCCUUCUUCAACUGGUGGCAGUGGUGCAAAUCAGUCAAGACAAUCUUCACAGGUUUUACAAGUUGGUGGUAAAACUUUGCAUCAGCAACAAUCGCCUCAAAUGCAGUUUAUGCAACAACAACAACAGCAGCGUCAACAGCAACAUAUAAUGCAAAUGCAACAACAACAAAUAAUGCAUCAACAGCAAAAGCUGCCACAGCAACAACAAACAUCAAUGUUAGCUCAAACACAAACACAGCAGCAACAGCAACAACAACAGCAUCAUCAACAUCAGCAACAACAGCCUCAACAUCAGCAACAACAGUCUCAACAUAAUUUUGUUGUCACGCAACAACGAAAUCUCCCUUCACCCCAACAAAUGCAACAACAACAACAGUCACAUAAUGCCCAGCAACUGAAAGUACAAUAUCAGCAACAUCAAAUGUUGGCUCCUUCGCAACAGUCUCCAACCCAACAACAACAACAACAACAAACAAAUGUUAUACAAAAUACAACGUUGCCGCAAAGAUUUUUGGUGCAGCAACACAUUGUUGGUUUACCACCACAACAGCAGCAACAACACUCUAGCGCACAUCAGCAACCACAGACAAAUUCCUCACCGAAUCAACUACAAAAUUCAAGUACACAACAACAAAAACCAAAUGCAAUCUUUGGAAAGCAUCAACAACAACAGCAGCAGCAACAACAUCAUCUUUUGCAGCAAAGACAACAAUCACCAUCACCACAUAGACUGUUACAACAACAGCCGGAAAUUAUAAAAGAAUCUCCUCGAGUCAUUAUGGCGACAAAUCAAUCCGUACAACAAAGUGAGCCACUAGCAACGACACCUGUUGUUUCGAAACCAAAUGUUGACAAGCAAAGUUGCUCUCCCACUACAUCAACGGCGCCAGGAAACAAGCCUACUGAAGUAGUAUCGGUUAUAAGAACACCGACACCUACAACAACAGCAACGUCACCAAUAAUCUCGUCACACCCGCCAAAUACUACAAUGGCGUCUAAUAAAGAAUCAGCUACAACAACUGCUGCUGCGAACACCUCACGUUCUGCACCCUUAACCGAGGAGAAUGUGAUAAAAAUUUCACCACCAAAACAUGAUGAAAUCGAACAAGAUUCUAAAGAAGACAGUGACUAUUGGUCGGCAAAGGAAUUGAAUGUGGUUGAAACAAAUAACACCUCUAAUUCCAAUGCAAAUGCUAUGAGUACGGUCAUCAAAAAGAAUGAAUCCGUUAACUCUACGGAAGCAAGUGUUUCAGCAUCAGCAAGUUCAACACAACCAUCUAAUACUAAAGAACAAGAAACUAAAACUUUCCAAACGCAACUAAAUAAAGUUGAGAACAAACCUUCCACUCAUCAAACGGCAAAGAGUGAUGUUGGCACUGUUACUGCUGCGGAAUCACAAGGUAACUCGACAGCAAAUAUAGUACCUACAACUAAUACCACCAGCUACUCCCAAUCUCAAUCUGGUAAUGUAACAACAGACCAUGAUACCGAAGACGAAACAGAAACUCAACAAAUGCCAGCAUUUGAGCAGGUACCAAUACAAGGCAGACCUAGUACUAGAGGUACAGGUGCUAAACGUGGACGUCAACCUAGGGGUGGCAAGAAAGGAGCUGUUACUAAUAUCAGCAAUACCCCAAUAAAUACCAAUGUUAACACACAGCAGUUACAAACAGAAUUGGGCGCUGCAGCUGGUGUACAGACUCGUUUGCGUAAACCAAAUACUGCAACACCAGCUACCCGUGGACGCAAGGGUAGACCACCCAGGAAUUUGUUGUUACAGCAACAACAACAAUUGCAACAGCAACAUCAACACCAUGAACAGUCAACAGCGACACCUCAAACAUCACCUCCAAAUAGUACACCGUCCACAACGUCAUCAAAUGUAUCCUUAGUGACAAAUGCUCCGGUGCUAACUGCAGCUGAAAAGAAAGCACGUAGUCAAGCGGCAGCAGCUGCUGCAGCCUUAGCUUCACUAUCUGAAAGUAAUCAACAGCAACAACAACAAGAUGUUUAUGAAUUUCACGAUGAAUCGGGUGAUGAAGCUAAAACAACAACAACAGCUACACUUUCUACCACCACAACAACAUCAACUACAACUUCUACAGUCAGUAGUGAUCAUCGGCCACGCUUGAUUUUGACCAUCAAAAGUCCAGCUCCAGGUUCAACUCCUUUAGUUAAAGCUUCUGAGAAAGCGGUAAACAUAGAACCAACCACUGUGAAACCUCUUAGCGAACCAACAACAACAACAGCUCAACAGUCUGGCGGUUUGCCAGAUAAUUUAGCAAAUAUUACACAGUCUGCUAUACAACCAGCAAAUCAAAGCGCAGAACCUACUGUAGCGGAAUUAGCUGCUGCAGCCAAUACACGCAAAUCACGUCGUUUAUUGGAAAAGGAUCGUAGCACAAUUGAUGAUAUAAUUGAGGAUGUGGUUAGAAAUACUGCUACUAAUGCUGCUGGCGGUAAUGCUGUAGCAUUAGCAGCCACCGCAACGAAUGUUUUAGCGAAUACUCUUCCCAAAGGAGCUCAAACACCGCCACGACGUUCUGGACGCAAUUCUGGCCAAUCGAAGCCUACAAAACCAGUUGAAGCUAUACAAACUACAUCAGCCCAUCCUACUGGUAGACCUAGAAAGUCUAAGGAUCGUAAGAAUACCAAUGAAUUGGAUAUUGAGCAAACUCCUUCGCCUCAACCAAAACAUUUAGUGCACGAUAUUAGCGAUGUAGAAGAUGCAAAAUCUGUAAACACUCCACCGCCUGCCGAUGUAAUAAAUGUACAGCCAACACAGCAGCAACAGCCACAACCCACUCAAGUUGCUGCUGGCAACAUGUCGUCAUUACAACAACCACUAACACCACAGCAAACUACAUUAACUACUGCAACCUCAGCAAGUAUACCACAACAUCCCAAGAAGAAAGCUUUGGCAGCUGCAGAGAUUGAAUCUUAUCAGUCUUCUAACACAACGACAACUGCAACAACAACACCUAAUAUACAUUCUGCUUUGCCAGCUGGCGGUGUUCCCAUGCUGAAUACGGCCGCUCCGGCAACACAAAAAACUACUGGAGGUGCGGCAGAUUCUGUAAAUAAACCCUUAAUAGAUCCCGUCACCGGUGUUGUAUCUGGAUUGCAAAUGCAACAGGCCAAAGAGGGCAAUUUGCCAUCAGCGACUGCUGCCUCCCAACCCUUACGUGGUCCCAUGGAUCCUAAGAAAAUGAUGCAAGCUGCAGCAGCGGCGGCAGCAGCAGAAAGUAAUGCUCUCAAUAGUAAAUUACAAAAUACAUCCUCAUUAACUGGGUCAGUUGCCUCUACUCCAAUUACUGCUUUGACAAAACAUCAACAACAACAAGUUGAGGGCGCCGCAGUCACUCAGUUGCCUGCUUCUACAGUUGCUACUGCUAUGUUGAACAAAUCAGUUAGUGUUGUGGUAAAAACUUCAACACUCUCACCUACACCAACACCACCACCUACAAAUAUUGGUAUGCAACAACAACAACAACAUUUGCAACAGUCACAGCAGCAGCAACAACAUAUUCAGCAACAACAGCACCAACAUAUUCAGCAACAGCAGCAAAGACAAGAUAUUGGAACUCCCCAGAAACAACCCAUAAUAAUGCAACAACAGACAAGUUCUGUAAUGCAUGCCCAACAUACUAACGUUCGUCCGCCAACCACUCUAAAAGCUCAUGUUCUAAAUAGUCAAAAAUUGCAACAACAACAACAACAGCAGCAACAAACAAGUCACCAACAAUAUAUGCAACAACAACAGCAACAUCAAACACAUCAAAUUUUACAACAGCAACCAACAACAACCCAGUCGUCUGUUGGUGGAGCUCAUGUUAUACAAAAUACCAUUGUGCAAAGACCAUCACUUGCAACAGCUAAUCAGCAACAACAACAACAACAAUUGCCACCAGCAAACAAACAGCUAUUGGUCAAUAUACCAACAACAGCGGCCUCUCAUACCAAUGCUUUAAGUUCUCCACGACAUCUUCCCCAACACACACAGCAGCAACCACCUCAGCCAUUAUCGUCAUCACAACAGUCUUUGGUUAUUAAGCAGGCUCAUGACAUGCAUACACCACAAGUUCUACAUGUGGUCAGUUCAAAAACGUCAGCGCCUACAACACAAACUAACAAACCUCUACAAUCAGCAUCCACGCUACAUCAACACCAACCGCCCAAUGCAUCACCUCACCCAUCCUAUAACACUUACAUACAAACACCAACUGCAGGAAUUCAUUCCAAACAACAACAACAGCUGCCUCAAAAACCAGUUGUUAUACACCAACAAACCAUUGGAGUACCGCAGAAAAGUUCGACAACACCUUUGGUUAUGCCACCGGGAAUUUUGGGUUUACCUUCCCAUUCCGCAAUGGUUAUACAAACGAAAGCAUCUGCUCCAGCCCAAUCACCAUCAUCUUCAGCUUCUCCAGCAACUCCAGCAGCAGCUCAUUUGCAACAUGCAAAUCAACAUACACCUUCACCACCCUUACAGCCACCGCCGCCACAACAUUUGGUUAAAUCAUCGAAUAAUCCCAUGAUUCAUAGUUUACAAGCACAAGGGGUGUCACAUGUCUUAAAUGCUGUGGCCUCACCUUCACCUCCUUCAGCCGUUAAGCCAAAUGCCCAACAAUCUCAGUCGAUAGCAACCAAUGUGGGAGCUUCUAGUUUGCGCACGGCCAUACCAACAAUUAGUCCACAAAGUCAAGCCCGUAUAGGUUCCAUAUUGCUACCGGGAGGCAUGCAAGUACCGCCACAUUUUGAAACUAGUAUGAGUGAAGCCUCAUUCCCCGGAGGAAUAGGUAGAGUGGGAGUGCCUACGCGUGAACACUUGAUGAUUUAUCAGCAACUGUUGCGCCAACAUGAUCCUUUAAAUCCGGCUGCUUUGCGAGAAUACGAUGAAAAGCUAUUGGGCAGUAGUCCACCUUUAGAAUUGAGAAGACCCGGCAGUGUACCAAGAACGGUAGCUGUACCUCAUAGUCUACAAAGUCCACAAGAUCGGGCAACUGAUUCUCCUCAAGUGGCGCAAGUUUAUGUACACAAUACACGCAUUCCAGCCCAUACGCAUUAUGAUGUUACGGGUCGUGCUGGUGUUGCAACGCAACCCUCGCCCUAUUAUGAUGCUUCAAGACAAAUACCACUGGAACCGCCACCGGCUCAUAGAUCGGCUCCUGUACAUAGUGUAGUCGCUCCACCACCACCCACAGUUGUUGUUCCCCAUCCUACAGCCGGCAGCAGUAGUCCAUUUAUGCCUGCUGCUCCACCAGCAACUGCCGUUCAACCAACUCCAUCUUCCGUGCCACCUACACAUCAUACCAAGCUAUUGGAACGUGAAAGAGAGCAGCGUGAACGUGAACGUGAACAACAAUUGUUGCGUGAAAAAGAACAAAUUAUGGUUAGAGCUGGAGCUGAUGCCCAUAAUAUGCAAGUGGCUACACCACCACCUCAUCAACAGCCAUCUCAUCAAUUACCACCCCAUGGCCAACAACCACCACCUCCGCCUCAAGCGGAUUCUUUGCUGACAUUGCUACAACGUUAUCCCGUUAUGUGGCAGGGCCUAUUGGCUUUGAAAACCGAUCAGGCGGCUGUUCAAAUGCAUUUCGUUUUUGGUAAUCCUCAUGUAGCUCGUGCCUCAUUGCCCUGCAAUAGUGAUGGCAGUACACCUCCGCUACGUAUUGCCCAACGUAUGCGUUUGGAACAGACCCAAUUAGAAGGGGUUGCGAAAAAGAUGCAGUUUGAAAAUGAACAUUGUAUGUUGUUGGCUCUACCCUGUGGACGUGAUCAUGCCGAUGUCCUGCAACAGUCUCGUAAUCUACAAUCCGGCUUCAUAACCUAUUUACAACAGAAAAUGGCUGCUGGUAUUGUUAAUAUACCCAUGCCAGGAAGUGAACAAGCUGCUUAUGUUGUGCACAUAUUUCCAUCAUGUGAUUUUGCCAAUGAAAAUUUAGAAAAAGCGGCACCAGAUCUUAAAAAUCGUGUAGCCGACAUAGCUCAUCUAUUAAUAGUGAUUGCUACGGUCUAAACUUGAAUAAUAAAAUACCAGCUAAGACUUGAAAACAUUAACAGAAUUGACAACAAUAAACCCCCCCCCACUGAAAAAAAAGAACUUUUAUUAAAACCGGCUAAGACAAAUAUUAAAAAAAAAAAAAAAAACGAAAAGAAAAUGGUGAUGAUAUAAAGUAAAAAAGAAAAAGAACUUGUAUUUUUAAAUUAAAAAUUCUGAAAAGAAACAAAGCAUGAUUUCAUGCUUAACUUUAUAAAUAAAUUAAUAAUCAUUAUAAUAAUAAUAAUAAUAACAAUAAAAUAAUGGACUAAAUGUUAAAUAAUCUUAAAAUAAUACAACAACUAAAAACACACAUAAAAUUGUACUGUAGCAAAAUCUUAUAAUUUUGAAAAGAAAUUACAAAUUAAUUAUAUAUAUAUAUACUAUUAAUAUUAUUAUAAAAUAACACAUAGCUAGAUAAUAAAAACUACACAAAAAUGUAAAAAUUUCUUUAAUAGUAAAAAAAAAACAAAAUUAACAAAAAAAAAAUUAAAACCUUGUAAUAUACUUACACCGACACUAUAACUACUCUACUCUAUACAUAUUUAUAUUAAAAAA